AUAUUGUCUGCACAAGUACUAUCUCCACGAGCACUGUCACCAGAAGUAACCUCUCCACGAUUACUGUCUUCACAAAUAGUGUUUCCACAAGUACUGUCUCCACGAGCACCAUCUUUGCAAGUACUGUCUCCACGAGCAACGUCUCCUCAAAUACUGUCUGUACAAGCACCAUAUUCACGAACACCAUCUCCACAAGUACCAUCUUCACAAGCAUCAUCUCCACAAGCAUCAGUGCUUUUGUCUCCAUCUAGUAUAUGGUCCACGAGUGAUUUAGAAUCAGUAAUUAGCGACAACAGUGCAUCAGCAUACUCGGCUGAGGAAAAUAAAGAAAAUGAAGCUUUACAUUCGCCCACAUCUUCAUCUAGUAGCCUUAAUGUGGAGGAAUGUUCUGCAUCAGCAUCCAAAAACGUGUUAAAAACGAUGCGAAGGAUAUCCUCAUCAACGAAAAGAAUUAUUCCCGAGCCUGAUAACUUUGCUAAACGCAAAAGGAAAGACGAUGAUCUGCUUAUGCAAGCUAUCAACAAGCAAUCAACAGCUCUCACUACAAAAUUUGGAAACUCUUUGAUGACAUCAAACAAAUGUUCUACUCCUUCUUCAGUUUCAUCUGUUAAUGAUCCAGUCUUGGCUGCCAUUGGAUAUGCUCUUAAUUCCGUACUCGAAGAAAAACGUCUUGAAUGCAUGAUGGAAGUACUUCAACUUAUAAAAUCAAAAUACAUUCAGAAAUAAUUUUUAAGUUUAUUAUAUCUAAUUCAGCGAUAAUAUACAUAUAUCUUACUUUUAUAUGAUUUAUACUUGUAUCAUUACUGUCUAAUAAUACAUGUUAAUAUACUUAUGUACAUUAUAUUAAAAGUUUCUUUUACAUGUACACAGGAAUAAAACAAUUUUGUUAAAAUAA